AUGGACCUUUCCCAACCAUACGGAAACAGCGUUAAUGACCACAUCGGAAGCUAUGAAAUGCCCCUGCAGUACUGUUCAGUCGACGAUCCUGUACGGCUAGUUGCGACCGCCGGCAAAGGCGUAGUGAUGGCCAAGAUGGACGUCAAGUCCGCAUUUCGUCUCAUUCCCAUCAGACGUGCCGACUGGAACCGGCUGGGAUUUAAAAUUUGCGGUGAGUACUUUUUCGAUAUAGUGCUACCGUUCGGCUGCCGCUCUUCCCCGUAUAUUUUGAGUUGUUCUCUAUAUGUUGCAAUUCACUGGUGCGUGGGAAAGAGGGCACGGCUUGAUACUUUGCUGCAUUAUGUGGACGAUUUCUUCUUUGUCGGCAAAUCCCGGACGACCGAGAGCGAUCUGCUCAUGCAGUCCAUGGAGGCAGUGUGCAGCGAGCUUGGGGUACCAUUAGCUCUGGACAAAACAGAGGGCCCCGCCACUCGGCUGACAUUCGUCGGCAUAGAGAUCGACUCUGUAGCGCAAACUCUCAGCCUGCCCCCAAAUAAGCAGCAAAACAUAACCGAAACCCUCAAGACCUGGAUCGGAAGGGACUCCUGUACCACUUAUGAGCUUCAGAGUCUGAUUG